UUAAAUAGGGUCCAGGGUCUUAUAUAGGGUCCUUCUCUCUCACCUAAAUUAUCACAAACACAACUUUCCUGGUGCUGGGCUUUUCCACAUCCUGACGGGGGGACACUUCACACCACUGCAUGGUAGAGAUUGAUGCGGGGCUUCCCCUCAGGGAAGAAGUCUCAUCAAUGUCACCAGUCUCUAAGCAGGAAUACUUAACAGGUUUUGUCCUUUGCUGUAACAAGUAUCAGGCAUUAGUGGCCAGUGGCCACAUGAAUUACAUGGACAGAGAUCCCAUCUGGCAAGGCAUCAGUGUAGACAGCAUGUUAGUAGAGAUAGGAGCGUGCCUUUGAACUUAGUCCUGUGAGUGGCUGCUAUCUUGGCCUCACCUGUACCAGGCAGCAUCAAACAUGCAGAUCCUAGGGGAUCUGAUGGGACAGAGGAGAAUGUUUUGGAGUUUUUAACUUUUUCUUAUGGUAACCAGCUCAGAGCUGCUAAAUUCUAGAGUCAGAAGGACUGGGAAGGGAAGGCCCCAGUGAUGUGGAAACUGGUGGAGAGGACAACAAGAGCAGGAGACCAUGGACCUGACUGGACAACUCCCUGUACCCUGAAGCACAGAGAGGAUUGGGACUACCUGGUUGCUGCACAGCACUCAAGAGCCAGGACUCAGUCAGCCCCAUCCGGACCAUCCACACCGGGCAGGUGCGGGGCAGCCUCGUCCACGUGAAGGGCACUGAUGUGGGAGUCCACACCUUCCUGGGAAUUCCCUUUGCCAAGCCACCUCUAGGACCACUGCGCUUUGCCGCCCCUGAGCCCCCUGAACCUUGGAGUGGUGUGAGGGAUGGGACCUCCCACCCAGCCAUGUGCCUGCAAAAUGCAGAUAUAAUGAAUACAGAGGCUCUGAACCUAGGGAGUAUAAACUUGCCUCCUAUCCCCAUGUCAGAGGACUGCCUGUACCUCAACAUCUACUCGCCUACCCAUGCCCGUGAGGGCUCUAACCUGCCUGUGAUGGUAUGGAUCCAUGGUGGUGCCUUGGUGGUGGGCAUGGCUUCCUUGUAUGAUGGUUCUAUUUUGGCGGCCAUUGAAAAUGUAGUAGUAGUCACUAUCCAGUAUCGUCUGGGUGUUCUGGGCUUCUUCAGCACUGGAGACCAGCAUGCCACUGGCAACUGGGGCUAUCUGGACCAAGUGGCUGCCCUUCGCUGGGUCCAACAGAAUAUCGCCUACUUUGGAGGAAACCCUGAUCGUGUCACCAUUUUUGGCGAGUCUGCAGGUGGCACUAGUGUGUCCUCACAUGUAGUGUCUCCAAUGUCCCAAGGACUCUUCCAUGGUGCCAUCAUGGAGAGUGGGGUGGCCCUGCUGCCUGACCUCAUCACCAGUUCAUCUAAAGUUGUCUCCUCAAUGGUGGCCAACCUGUCUGCCUGUGGGCAGGUAGAGUCAGAGGCCCUGGUGAGCUGCCUGCGGGGCAAGAGCGAAGAGGAAAUGCUGGCUAUUACCAAGGCCUUCAAGGUCAUUCCUGGUAUGGUGGAUGGGGCCUUCCUACCCAGGCACCCCCAGGAACUUCUGGCCUCUGCUGAUUUUCAACCUGUUCCGAGCAUCAUUGGUGUCAACAAUGAUGAGUAUGGCUGGGUCAUCCCCAAGCUCUUGGGCACCCCUGAAACCCAGAAAGAAAUAGACAGAGAGACCAUGCGAGCUGUUCUGCAGAGAAUAUCAGCACAGAUGAUGUUGCCUGCCGAAUGUGGUGACCUGUUGAUGGAGGAGUACAUGGGAGACAACAAGGACCCCCACACCCUCCGACCCCAGUUCCAGGAGUUGAUGGGGGACUUCAUGUUUGUGAUCCCUGCACUCCAAGUAGCACAUUAUCAGAGUUCCCAUGCCCCUGUCUACUUCUAUGAGUUCCAGCAUCGGCCCAGCUUCUUCAAGGACAUCAAGCCACCCCAUGUGAAGGCUGACCAUGGUGACGAGAUCGUCUUUGUCUUUGGAUCCUACUUUGGAAGCAUCAGAAUUGAGCUCACUGAGGAGGAGGAGCUGCUGAGCAGGAGGAUGAUGAAGUACUGGGCCAACUUUGCUCGAAAUGGGAACCCUAAUGGAGAGGACCUACCCCACUGGCCGCUGUUUGACCAGGAUGAGCAGUACCUGCAACUGGACAUCCAGCCUACUGUGGGCCGGGCUCUGAAGGCCCACAGGCUGCAGUUCUGGACCAAGACCCUUCCUCAGAAGAUUCAGGAGCUAAAGGAGGCCAAGAACAUGCACACAGAGCUGUAGCUCCCUGUGUCAGGGAAGGGAGGGCUGAGUUAAGUGCAGGUGGGGCCUGCCUGUGCUGCCCACACAUGCCCACCCAGGAGCCAGGGUUGACCCCCUCUUUCAUGUAGCCAUUCAUCCAUCCAUCCAUUCAGCUAUGGAUUCUCUCUUAUUAGACACACUCAGUAAAUCCCAAGGAGGCUGUGGAUGGGUAAGCCCAGUGGAUGCCCACCUUCCUCCACACCCCACUGUGCCUGAGUCACUUUCUCCCGUCCUCCCCUCUCCUUCCCUGCAGCUCCUUCUUUCCUUCCUCCCAGUUCCCACACCCUGCCAUGUUGAGAGAGAUAUUUUAGGAAGUGGUGCUGACCUAGGUUUCACAAACCCUUGCCCACCUCUCAGCAAAUACCGUGUUCUCACAUCUGAGGGAGACCAAGAGAAAACCUGUACAUCAGAAGCCCCAGUGUCUUAGUCCAUCAGGCUGCUGUAACAAAAAUGCAAUAAUCUAGCCAGGCACAGUGGAGCAUACCCAUAAUCCAAGCUACUCAGGAGGCUAAGGGAGUAGGAUUACAUAUUCAGUCCAGACGGGCAACUUGGGGAGACCCCAUCUCAACAUAAAAUAACAAGUUCUGGGAGAGUAGCUCAGUGGUAGAGUACUUGUCAAGCAUGUACUAGGUCCUAGGUUCAAUCACUGAACCACAACCAAAAUAUAAACAAAUAAACACAAUAAAUUGGGUAGCUCAUAAACAAUGGAAAUAUAUUGCUGUCUCUGUUGGAAGCUGACAAGUCCAGAAUCAAGGUGUUGUAGAUUCGUUGUCUAGGAAGGUCUCGCUUUGGUUUCUAGAUGGCACUUUGUCACUGUAUCCUCGCUUGGUAGAAGGGGCAAACAAGCUCUCUGGGGCCUAUUUUAUACAGUUACAAAACCCCCUCCCUUCCCAAUAUUUAUCACUUUCAGAUUGGAUUUCUUUCUUUCUUUUUAAAUCAAAAUCCAAUGAGUAGACUGAUGUUAUUAGUUAUUGCAAUUUGUGUGUGUGUGCGUGUGUGUCUGUGUGUGUGUGUGUGUGUGUGUGUGUGUGUGUGUGUGUGUGGCGUUGGGGAUUGAACCCAGGCUUUGUGCAUGCUAGGCAAGCACUCUACCAACUGAGCUAUAACCCCAGCCCAUGGAGACUACCUUUCAAUUUAUGAAUUUGCAGGACACAAACUUUCAGGCCAAACACUUAAGAGUUCCCACAUCUUAGCCACCUAGGCUACAAACAGAAUCAAAGUUUCUGAGUUCCCUGAGUCCCUGAGCCCUCCUGGAGAUUAAAUGUUAUCUCUCAUUAACAUUUAAUUCUACCCACACACUAUCUAUUUCUGUCCCAAGGAGGUGACUGUCCCCAUACUUGCAAGAAGCAGGAUUGGGAUUUUCUACUGGCUUCUGGAAGUUGGGCCAGCUGGCAUGUCCAGGAGAGCCAGGUGGGGUCCUCUGGGUCCUGUCUCCUGACAUUGGCUCUUGUUCUCUGGCUCUGCACGCUCUGAGUCCCACACUGACAUGGUCAUAACACACUUGGGAAGAUGUUAUCUGUGGGGUGUGUCCUGGAAGAGGCCCUGGGGCUCAGGAGGUCCAGACACAUAGCAGAAGAGAUUCUUGUCCCCUGGCUCCCUGAGGAGCCUCUCCAUCCAGAAUCUUUCAGAAUCCCCCUGCAGCCUCCUGACCAUCCCCCACUCACUAUGGCAUCCAUGUGACUGACUUGCCCUCUCACCUCAUUCUUGUCCCUAACCUUUCUGGCCCCUCCAAUAAAAAUCCU